AGUAUGCUGACUAGGGCCUCCCACGUCUACAUUGCCGUGGAACUGCUGAUCGCCUUGAUGGCAGUGGCUGGUAAUGUACUAGUGUGUUGGGCGGUAUCCAUCAACAGCAACCUGCAGAACAUCACCAACUUUUUUGUGGUCUCGCUGGCAGUGGCGGACAUCGCUGUUGGUUUGUUGGCGAUUCCCUUUGCUGUGACCAUCAGCACAGGGUUCUGCAGCCAAUUCCAUGGCUGCCUCUUCAUCGCCUGUUUUGUGUUGGUCCUCACUCAGAGCUCCAUAUUCAGCUUGCUGGCCAUUGCUAUUGACCGUUACAUUGCAAUCAAGAUUCCUCUCAGGUACAACAGUCUGGUGACCAGUGCAAGAGCCAAAGGGAUUAUUGCACUGUGCUGGAUCCUUUCAGUGGUCAUUGGAUUGACGCCCAUGAUGGGCUGGAACAGGCGCGACACUGAUUACACCAAUAGCUCUUGUCCUGCUGCUAUGACCAAGUGCCUGUUUGAGGAAGUAGUCACCAUGGGAUACAUGGUUUACUUCAAUUUCUUCGGCUGCGUGCUCACCCCCCUGCUUGCCAUGCUGGCCAUCUAUGCGCGCAUCUUUAUGGCCGCCAGACGGCAGCUUAUUCAGAUGGAGCUGAAACUAAUGCACGUGCAUGGGGAGGGAUCUUCCUCCUCCCGCUCCACUCUGCAGAGGGAGGUCCAUGCUGCUAAGUCCCUGGCUAUCAUCGUGGGGCUCUUCGCCGUCUGCUGGCUGCCUGUGCACAUCAUUAACUGUUUCACACUUUUCUGCCCCACAUGUGCCCGAGCCCCCGGCUGGGUCAUGUACACGGCCAUUGUCCUGUCCCACGCCAAUUCGGUGGUUAACCCUUUCAUCUACGCCUACCGCAUCCGCGAGUUCAGACACACGUUCCGCAGGAUCCUACGUAAGCAGCUCCUUGGACGCAAACAGGACCUAGGGGUCAGUAGCAACAGCAGCGCGAGCCACCCUUGCAAUUCCACUGGGAUCAGCGUGGUGGACACUUUGCAUGGCACCGCGGUCAAUGGUUACAUGCUGGACUCCAGCCCCAACCAUAGCAUCAUCUCAUGUGAGGGAAACAGAAGCUUACAGGGCUCCCUUUGCCCAUGGGCAUCAACAUCAGACCUCUGUGCCAUUGGAUACGUCACCAAUGGGCAUCAUCCGGCUGAUAGCGCUAUGAGCGUCCAAUCAAAACAACAAUGCCCCAGGAGUAGUCCUGUUCAGAACAGGGAUGAACUUUUCUCUUCCAAGCAAGCAGCUGAAGUCAUGGAGAUGAAGCACUGUAGCACUAACACUUUAUAA